AUGUCGGUUGAAUACACACCCAGCCAGGUUUUGAAUCCAGCGACGCCUCUCCUGCAACGCAGCUCGCCAAUUCGACUCAUCAAGCAUGACGUGGAGCUUGUGUGGGCGAGGAGGCGGUACCUCCCUGCAAUCCUGCUUCCCCGCAACCUAACAGCACCCGGGAGAGAGGUUAACGGAGUCGUGCAAGUCGGCGCCCAUGUCGUAUGGGCCAUCCUGUCGGUGGUUGCCAUAAUUUUUGGCAUCUUCGUCACUCUGACCACACCUGGCGUGGCGGCUGCGCUGUAUUGGGUGGCUUUUGCUGCGCUGCUUACCUUUUUACCUGGAUGGCUCAUGGGCUGGGGCGUUAACGAUGACGGGACAGUCCAAAGCGACUACCCCGAUGUGGAGGAUAAGGAUGGCGAGAAGUGGAUCUUCGUGAAUGGGUACGUCGCGUUUCCUCCAUUUGACUUGUUUAUUGCCUUUUUUAUCCUCACCAACCCUCACCAGGAUUUUGACGGGCACCUAAUGGAACCGUGGCCAGAGAACGUCAACGUCUUGGCUCAUACCUUUGGUCGUCCGGUGACCGGGAUUCACAAUCGCACCUUCGGCUUAAUCCUCGACUUGAUUGAAUGCCUGAUUCAACGCAACCUCUUCUACGCAACCGAGGACACUCGAACGACGUACAACUGUCUCAAAAGGACCCUCUGCGACCCUUCCAUCAACAAAGUCGUCCUCAUCGCCCACUCUCAAGGUACCAUCAUCAUUUCCAACGUCCUCGACAUCCUCUUCGCAGAACUCGCGCCAGAUGUGUUCGAUAAGCUUGAAGUCUAUACCUUCGGCUCGGCUGCAAACCACUUCCACAACGCUCUACGGUCCGUCGUGGCUCCAGGGAUCGAAGAAGACCGACAAAUCAAGGUCAUCGAGCACUAUGUCAACGAGAAUGAUUUCGUUGCUCAGAUUGGGAUACAGCAUUUUGCAACCGGUGUUCCUGGCGCUCAGUACUUGGGGAAGAUCUUCACGAGGAAGGCUGAGGGAGGCCACAUGUUUAAUGAACAUUAUAUGUUCAGCAUGUUUGGACAGGGUACCGCAACUCCAUUUUUGAACACCCAUGUCGUGUCGAAUGGUGUCAACAUGGGCCUGACUGUUCGGGAGCUGAGUCGGCUUUGGAGGUAUCUAGGUGGUAACAGCCCGUGA